CCGCCUCAACAUCACUGUGGUGCAGGCCAAGCUGGCGAAGAACUAUGGCAUGACACGCAUGGACCCCUACUGCCGCCUGCGCCUGGGCUACGCAGUGUACGAGACGCCCACGGCCCACAACGGUGCCAAGAACCCCCGCUGGAAUAAGGUCAUCCAUUGCACAGUGCCGCCUGGUGUGGACUCCUUCUACCUGGAGAUCUUUGACGAGCGUGCCUUCUCCAUGGACGACCGCAUCGCCUGGACGCACAUCACGCUGCCCGAGACGCUGAAGCAGGGCAAGGUGGAGGACAAGUGGUACAGCCUGAGCGGGCGGCAGGGCGACGACAAGGAGGGCAUGAUCAACCUCGUCAUGUCCUAUGCGUUGCUGCCGGCUGCCAUGGUGAUGCCGCCCCAGCCCGUGGUCCUGAUGCCGACUGUGUACCAGCAGGGCGUGGGCUACGUGCCCCUCACAGGGAUGCCCACCGUCUGUAGCUCCGGCAUGGUGCCCGUGGCCAUGCCCUCGCCCGCCGUGAGCGCCCAGCCCCGCUGCAGCGAGGAGGACCUGAAGGCCAUCCAGGACAUGUUCCCCAACAUGGACAGGGAGGUGAUCCGCUCCGUGCUAGAGGCCCAGCGGGGGAGCAAGGAUGCCGCCAUCAACUCCCUGCUGCAGAUGGGCGAGGAGCCUUAGGCCCGCCCACCCCGCUCGCCGCCCUGCUCCGGGGGCUCGCCAGCCGGGGCUUCCCCAGGAGCGCUGUCCCUCGAGAGUCCUGAGAGAGCACCUGUUCACCCCUCCUCAGACAUCUGUCACCCGUCCACGCCUGUCCCUGGGAUGCAUGCGGAUUUUCAUCCCGGCAGCCGUCCGCACCGCUGGCGGGGGUGGGGAGCUCCCGGCUUCGCCCGGCGUCCGAGAUGGCGGUGCAGGGCCGCAUCACCCAGCACAGACUUCCCCUCCUGCUGCUGGGAUGCAGCACGCCCUCUCCCUGCGCCAGAAUGUUCCUGUAAAAGGCACUGCUCAUGCUGGUGUUGAGGCUGCCAGGUGCCCUCCCCAUCCACCCCUGCCAUCGCGCCCUCUGAUUAAUUUAAGGCACGCAGACCCAUUCUUGCCAAUUUGUGGGUGGUUUAUAGAACUUCCCGGCCGGAAACCCUGUCCUUCCCUUGCUGUUCUCUGCCGUGGGCCUGCCCCCAGGGCCUCAGUCCUGGCGAGCUGGGGGCUGGCCUCCUGCUGUCCACGGUGGCAGGCCAGACCUGCCGGCUCACCUGGUCCCGUUGGCCAGGCCUCCUGACAGACUCCGAGGCAGAUGCAGAAUGAGCCUGUCCUGUGCAUGGUCGGGUGGGCUCUACCCUGUCACUGGCCAGCUGGCAUCCAAAGCCAGGCCCCCUACCACCUGAGGCCAUUGUCUGUCUACUGCUGUGUUCACGCCAACUCCCGGGGUGUUGCUCCAAGGAGGGUGUCUUGGGUUAGAAGCUGGGGCUUCAUGGAGAGCGCUAGAGGUGGGGUGUGCCUGUAUCUACUGGGGCGUGCGUGUCUGCGAGGGUAUGUGUCUGUCUUCAAGGGGGUGUAUGUGAUGUGCAUCUGCCAGGGUGUCAGGCACAGGCCAACCUGGCAGCGGCUGCAGUAAACGCCAUGGGCGGUGCUGUGGUCCAGUCUGGGUGGGGACCUCUAGCAAAUGUUAACCUGGAACCUUCCAGAGGCUGGGUGCCUGUGCCCGGUCCCCACGCACAGCGCCCCAGAUGCAGGACAGAUGAGGUGAUACCCGGUUAUAGAAACCAGAAGUUGGAGAAGUUACUCCAGCGUGAUGCACUUUACCUGGCAGCCGUGUCCUGGAGACCCGCGUGCCUGUGGGUGUGGUCUGUGCCUGUGGGUGUGGUCUGCGCCCAGCUGCAGUCUUCUCGGUGCUGGCUCCCGGCCAGCCGGUGGGUGUGCCCUGCUGACGGGCCCAGGAUGGUGCUGCAGCCGGGCUUCCGGAUGAUGUGCUGUUAGCUCCCUCUCCCCUGGAACAGGCUGCGCGUGAGUGUCAGCAGAGCGCUUGCUUCCUGCCGUGGGUGCCUCUUGUCAGCUGUGCUGUUGAUAAUGACUGAGUUUUGCACACCUGGCGCGUGGAGAGGCCAUGGGGAGGCUGCAGUGGCAGGAGCUUCUGGUUGCGAGUCCGCGAGGUUUGCUCUCAGGACGAGGAAGGAGGACGUAAGUGUGUGUCUGGCGUUGUGGCCACUGGCUCUCGCCCCACUCGCUGCCAUUUGUUCUCGGGCCCGUGGACAGGCCCUUCUGGGACAGGAUGAGGGGGAGGCGGGGCCGCCCCUCCUAGGUGUUCUGCGUCUUGAGCAGACCGCCCAAUGACGCCGUGGGCCUCGCUUGGGAGCCUUCUCUGCUGGGGUCGGCCUCCGGGCUCCAGGUCGGCCGGCGCCGGUUCUGCCUUAAGUUGCGGCAAGCUGAUUCUCCCGGGCGUGGCUCAGAGAUGUCUUCUGGUGGCCCAGGAGACCCCAUGAGCACCGGUUGCGGGGGCAACCUGAGGGCAGGCGUGCGUCUGAGCGAGAACGAGCGGUUUCAGAGGACACGCCCACCACUGGCUCUUACUUUCCUUUUCACGAACAUUUUAUUUUUUAUUAGUAAAGCUCACGUUUCCUAAGGCCUUUUGUUAGCUUCUUUCUGUGACAUCAUGCACGACUUCCCCACGUCAAGGCUCACGUGAGAGGCAGCGUGCUGAGGACCCCUCUGUGUGGCAAUGCUGUGCCCUCCCGCCCCGUCCCCGCCUGUGUCUGACGUCAUGCUGGGAAGCUGGGAAGGAGAGACUUGUGCUCAGCUCAAGAGCCGAGGCUGCAGCUGGCUUGAAGCCCAUCUCCAGCCCUGGGGUGGGCCAAGCCUCCUGGGCCCUGCUGCCCUCGGCCAUCAGUGAGAGCAGCCUGUGGGCAUCUCGCACCCCAAGCAGGGCCCGGUGGCACAGCCAAGGCUGUGUGUCCUCUUCUGGCAGGGGUCGGUUGGUGGCAUCGAGGCCACAGGGCAUCUGUGGCCUCGUGGAACUUCUGGCCUCAGCCUCCUGUCCUGUGUUGGGGACAAGACAGUGUUCGGUUUACCGGGGUCUUCCCCCUGCCCACUGGGCCCUGGCGUGGUCCUUCUCCCCCACAGAUACCGUCACUGCUGGUCAGGUGCCGCCCUGGCAUGUGUUCUCAGAACCUUGCAUCCUGAGGGUUUUCUUGGGGUCCAGUGUCCAGAUUCUCCUUGAUUGUAAAAUAUAUUUUUACUUUUUAGCCUUCUAAUUUAAUAAAUGAUCCAUACAAAAUAGAGAAAUAAAGUCCUUCAUGGGAACGUUU